AUGUUGAUGAGAAUUUUCCAAAGGAAGAUCCCCGAUGGAAUUAUAAUACAGGAGGCGGGUUAUGCCGCCUCCGGAGAAGCUUUUCAAAAAUUGAAACAGGCUUUAAUGCAAGCGCCUGCUUUGGGCCUACCUGAUCUGAGUAAAGACUUCCAGUUAUUUGUACAUGAACGACAGAGACUUGCUCUAGGGGUAUUAACCCAACGGUUGGGAUCUUGGAAAAGGCCCGUCAGUUAUUUCUCUAAACAACUUGACCCGGUAAGUGCUGGAUGGUCGGCGUGCUUGCGGGCGGUGGCUGCUACCGUGAUAUUAAUUCAGGAAGUCCGGAAACUGACUAUGGGGAAAAAGAUCGAAGUGUUUGUAUCCCAUAUGGUGACUACUGUAUUGGAACAAAAGGGGGGCCAUUGGCUUUCCCCAAGUAGAAUGAUGAAAUAUCAGGCAAUUUUGACAGAGCAGGAUGAUGUUACCCUAAAAACAACUAACCUAAUGAAUCCAGCUGUGUUUUUAAGCGCAGAGACUGAAAAAGAAAAUCUGGAACAUGAUUGUGUGGAGGUCAUUGAAUAUACCCACGCAAGUCGACCUGACCUGAAAGAUACCCCAUUGGAGAAGACGGAUUGGGAGCUUUUUACUGACGGCAGUAGUUUUGUGGAAAGCGGAGUGCGGUAUGCAGGAUGCGCGAUUACUACUGCCAAAACAGUAAUUGAAGCUAAAUCCCUACCACCAAACACAUCAGCACAGAAAGCUGAGUUGAUAGCCCUAACUAGGGCAUUAGAGCUCAGUGAGGAAAAAAGGGUCAAUAUUUGGACUGACUCAAAAUAUGCGUUCGGGGUUGUUCAUGUACAUGGAGCUCUUUGGAAAGAGCGUGGACUACUCUCCUCCCAAGGAACAAGCAUCAAGUACCAAAAAGAAAUAUUGAACUUGAUUAAUGCCGUUCAAAAGCCAUCACUAGUUGCCAUCAUGCACUGUAAAGCUCAUCAGAGUGGGACAUCAAAAAUUAUUGAAGGAAACCGACUUGCUGAUCAGACAGCCCGAUCAGUGGCACGACGAGUCUGGAUGAUGGCGGGUCUUGUCUCCCAAAAGGUAAGAGUAAUUGAUUUAUUACCUACACCUUCAGAGGCACCUGAAUAUUCUACAGAAGAUGAGUGUCCUGGUUUUGCUAAAAACAAGUUUCUCUUUUAGUGAAUUUGCCUGUCAGCUAAAGCCUUCAUAUUAACUGCAUUUUCCUGGAGAACCAGACACAUGUUUUGGUAAACCUAGCAAUGGAAUGCAAACUUAUUGAUAAGCACGGAUGGACAUCUCGCGAGAGGGACGAAGAGAAACAAGUGACCGAGAAACUGACCAACUGUGUAUAACAUUCCAUUCACGUGAAUACUUCAUAUUAAAGUGGGAGAUCACGAGGAUCUCGGCUCUUUUUUCCCUUUUUUUUCCCCUUCUGCUUAUGGCCGACAUUAGGAGAGGACCUUGCUAGUUGUCCCUGCAAACUGAGGCCUAGUGAGAGACUGAAUCCAGCUCCGGUUGGCUGCAGAGUCUAAUCCAGGACUUUGGUUGCCGGCUCUGCAGUUGCUGAGACUUUCAAGAUUGGUUUUGUAUAUUUUGUAUUAUUUUCUCUAUUCUUAUUAGUAGCAUUAGUAAAACAUUGUUAAUUUUUUCCAACUCUUUUCUCUCUGUCCUUCUUUCCUCCCAAUCGCCUCUCCUUAGUGUAAAGGGGGGAGAGGGAGGGGCAAAAAGGGGGAAGUGGGAGGGAGAGGGGGUUAACAAUACAUCUGCCAGGGUUUUAUUGUCACCCCGCAAUCUUAACCCUCGACAAUGAGAAAUUGGCAAGACUAGUAAAAGCCGUCAAGGAUAAUUCUGGAUGGUAUGUAUCCACCAACGGACAAAUUGUGGUGCCAAUCACAAUUAUGAGAGGGAUACUUCAGGCGGAGCACCAGAAGUGUCAUUGGGGUGCAGAAGCAUUGGUAACUUAUCUAAGAAAACAAAUUAUCUCGGUCCAGAUGUUAACAAUGGCAAAAUCUAUCACAGCUAAGUGUGAAAUUUGCUUGAGAAAUAAUCCUUUAGUUAAAAGAAAAGUAGAUAUGGGAAAAAUUAGGACAGGUGUACAACCAGGGGAUUGUUGGCAAAUAGAUUAUGUGGAACUCCCCAAAACUCGAGGAUUCAGAUAUCUGUUAGUUGGGGUAUGCACCUUUUCAGGAUGGCCAGAAGCCUUCCUUUGUCGCACCAACCAGGGACAAGAAACUGUAAAAUGGUUACUGAAGGAAAUAAUUCCUAGAUUUGGAGUACCAUUGGGAAUAUCAUCUGAUAGGGGACCGCAUUUUGUUGCUCAAGUGGUAAAAGAAGUCAGUAGAUGUUUGGGAAUUAAAUGGGAAUUACAUACCCCGUGGAGACCACAGUCUAGUGGCCAGGUGGAGAAAAUUAAUCAGACGUUAAAACGACAACUUAGCAAAAUUUGCCAGGAAGCAAAAAUUCAAUGGCCCCAGGCCUUACCAAUAGCGUUAUUGCGAAUUAGGAUUAAACCUAGGAGUGGAAUGUCGGUAAGUCCAUACGAAAUUCUGUAUGGCAAACCAUAUGAAGCACCUGAUCCGAAUCCAAGUGUACAUGUAAAAGGUAAUCAGGAUGUGUACAAUUAUGUGUUGUCUCUCGGCAGGACAUUGAAUCGACUCAGAUCCAUAUUAGUGUGGAAUCGCCCACUAGCACUUGAGAAUCCGGUACAUGAUAUAGAGCCUGGAGACACGGUGUAUAUAAAGACUUGGAGAGAAGAUCCUUUAAAAGAACGUUGGGACAGACCUUAUCAAGUACUUUUAACUACAUUUACCGCAAUCAAGGUUGCUGAAAUAGACUCCUGGAUACAUUACACCCGAGUGAAGAAAGUCCCAAAACAGUGGCAAUCACAAUUAGUGGGUCCAACAACACUUAAAAUCACAACGCAGGAUGUCUAACUUUUGUUACCAUUUUGUUUUUAUAGUAGUUUAUGUACCCGGACUGUAUGCCACACUGAUUUGCAAAGUCACUGGAGAACAAUUAUGUAAAACACAAAGGGCUAUAGGAGAUAGUGACGAUACUCAAAUGCCACAAAUAGCUGGAUUGGGGCCUUGCUAGGCAAAUUGAACCUGAACCUGGGAGGAUGGGUACAUUCAUUAUUAGAGAGUUUAUUUUUGCUUGCCAUUAUAGUUGCUCUUUUCUUUUUGCUUUAUGCUUGUAUUAAGCAUCAAAUAAGUCAAUCAAACGCCAGGAACGACAUUACUGUUCUUAGCAGACCCACUUUUGACAACCCUCCAGCUUAUAAGGAAAACAUAAUGUAGUGAAAAUGCAUUGUCUAGGAAUAGAAAAGCAUUUUCAAAGGGGGGAAAUGUUAUAGUUGAAUUGAAUUUUGUGGGCUGUGUUUUGAUUCUGUGGACCAUAUCCAAGAUUCUUGGUUUUGUGAACUGUAUCCAAGAUGCUGUAUCCAAGUUCAGGAUGUGCAUUCAAGCAUGAUUUUAUAUAACCAUACCCUAUUCUUAAAAUUGACAUAGAUUUAUGACAUAUUCUUUUAAAACAGGUAACUGAGAAAUAACUAAUAAACAUGCGAAUGUUACUUAGCAUCGCUUAAACAGAUAGCUUGUGUUAAAACAGGUGUGGAAUAUGCUAAUGGUUGUCAAGAAUUGUAAUGAAUAUGUAUGUGACCAAAUUGUAUAAAUAUAGUGUAGUCUGAAUCAGUUGCUGGAACCAGCUUUGGGUGCGAACCCCUGGUUUCCCAGUGCUGAAAUAAAGCACCGCAUAUAACUACGCCCGUGGUUAUGUGUCUUGAACGCGAACAAUAGAAUCUGGACCUCUGCCUAGAAGUACUUCAGCAUAAAAGGCAGAAAUAAUCACCCUUACUUGUGCUCCAGAACUACCUGAAGUUGCAUGUCCUACAAGAAGCUGCUUGGAUGGUGCAGAUCUGCUUGCUGCAAGUGAGAAAUCUCCAAGGAAAUUUGGAAUGCUGUAUUUCCACUAGUAUUAACAGCCAAUGUUUCGAUAAAGCAAACACUACACUGAUAGAACUGAAACAGGACUUCAGUCUGGUAAGGGAAAACAAUAUCCAAUAAAUAUGACAGCCAAAAUGGAGUUAGAAACUUGGAUGAAUAAAUUUAUGAAAACCUUACAGGCUGACUGCAUUCGAUUGGACUUUCAAAUUUGUCUGUUUAUAGCUACAACAUAGAAACAACCUGUGGCCAUUGUGGGACAGUAUGAUGAGAAUGCUAAGACUGUUACUCUGAUCAAGAAAUGCAGGAAAUGAAUUUAAAUCUUAAUAGGCCAUGAUCCUUUUGUCAUAUAUGUACCAUUUGCGAAAUCUAAUUUUGAUUUUUUUUUUUUAUUUAUAAUCUAUGUCCUUGUAAAUUGCACUAGCUGAUUUUCUUAACAGCACAGCUGUUGGCAUGCAUAAAUGUAAAUUGCUGCAGAACCUGCAAGUCUUUAACAUCAGGUCACAGACCAUACUUGUGUCUGGUCUGAUCCUACAUACUCGCACAGUUUUUGUUGAUGGUUCUGGGAAGUCUCAUAAAGCUGUAGUGGUUUGGCAUGAAGAUAACAAUUGGCAUCAUUCUGUAAAAAUUAUUGAAGGUUCAACCCAAUUAACAGCUUUACAUUACUUAGAGCUUUUUAAGGAGGAACCUCUAAAUUUGAUUUGUGAUUCUGAGUACGUAGUCAAGGUCCAACUCACGUAUCUGACUCUGAACUGUUUUUUUGUUUUUUUGUUUUUUUGUUUUUUUAAACAAAGAGGGGGAAGAAGUAGGGAAAACACCACAAAACCAAUUGUCAAAAGCAUUGUAUGUGAUGAAUCACUUAUAUCUAAGUGGUGCAGCCCAAAUUUGCCCUGAAACACUUCGCAUGUAUGACCCAAAACCAUGCUAAAUCAGAAAGAACCUACAUUAGUUAUGGUCAGAUCACUAGUUAAUGGUCAGUGGUCAAGGCCACAUCAAUUGAAAACCUGGGAGAGAGGCUAUGCUUGUGUCUUCACAGAUCAAGGGCCUCAAUGGUUGCUGGCACGAAAUGUGAAACCUGUGUUAUCUUCCUGACAAUGAUUGCUUCAGCUUCUGCAUUUUUGAUGCCUGCACAGACGAAGAAUAACAUGUGGAUUACUUUAGCCAACAUGACUGACCAGGACUCCAUAUGCCUAGCUAUGGCAUCUCCGGAAAACCCCUUCUGCACAUGCUUUGUUGGCAUCCUCCUUGGUGACUACUGCAGCAUCACACAAUUGUUUCAAAAUAGUGGUCGGUGCAAAGGCAUUGCAACGAACUGUAAUAAUGCCAACAUGGCACUUUGGAUUAAUUGCCUCCCCGAAGCAGGUAUUGAACCACAGGAACUGGAAUUGCUGGUAUCUAUGCCCAUGGACGCUUGUAUCCAGCUGGUUUGUGAACAGUGUCAGAACAAUAUACAAGAACAUGAAUGGAUAAAACUGCAAAAUGUUAAUGCUACCCUUGGUGACUAUAGAAAUGAAACUCGAUGGUGUAAUGCCUCGCAGAAGAAUCCAAGGGGUGUGGUUGAUAAUGUGGGAACAGCGACCCCAAAACCUCCUGUAUGGUGUAUUCUUGAUCUGUGGAGAUAGAGCCUGGCCAGGAAUUCCUUCUAAUGCUGUUGGAGGACCGUGUAUUUUGGGACAAUUAACUCUCUUAACACCCAAUGUAUCUAUGAUAAGAGAUCGCAGAAGAGCAAGACGGGAAAAACACUUUUUGCAUGUAUAUGAAUCAAAAUGUAAGGAUAAUGUAGAUUUUUGGGGAUCAGGGUUAAGAGUUUUAGGAUCUCUUUUAUCUGAUGUUGUCACAGCUAAAGCUUUAAAUACUUUAGAAAAACUAGGAUGCUGUCUAGUUAAGCAAACUAACAGAACUCUAAGGCUUUAAGUGGACUUUUGUUAGAUGUAGAUUCUGUAAGACAUGCUACACUGCAGAACAGAGCCUCAACAGACUUUUUGUUAUUAGCUCAAGGACAUGGGUUUGAAGAUUUUGAUGGGAUUCAUUAAAUAAAUUGUUUAGUGGCUGGGAGCUUUCAGGGUUGUUGUUAUCAGUAGUGAAAACGGCACUGAUUGUCUUGAUGAUUGUUGUGGCUGUGUUACUAAUGUUGCCAUGCAUGAUUUCUCUGCUGCAAAGGGCCCUGCAGUGGACAAUGAAGGCAAUUUUUUUAGCACAAAAACAAAAAGGGGGAACUGUGGGACUACGGUGGGUCCUUGGAUUCCCUGAUGGAGGGCAUGGGAACAGAAAUUAGCCUUUAAGAUUUUAAGGCCUACCCGUGAGAAAGAUGGGAGUAAAGGAGUAUCCGGAGAUGUUAAGGAUGUACCCGUGAGAGAGAAGGGAGUCAAAGAGUAACAUUGAUGAUAGCAAAAAUAGUCAAUGAGAUGUUACUGCUGUAACUUGUAACCAAUAGUGAAGAGACACAUGAAUUGGUGAAACUGUAUAAAAAUGCACUUGUGGCAAUAAAUGGCAUCUACUACUUUCA